UUCAAGCUCUAGUGCUGGCGGCUGCAGCUAUGGCUGCGCUGCGAAGGUUACUUUGGCCGCCGCCGCGGCUCUCGCCUCCGCUUUCCCCGCACCAGCCCUCGCCUGGACAUUGGGGGCGGCCUGUGGGGAUAGCUCCCAACCCUGCUAGCCGGCCUUUCUCCUGCAAGGAAGAGGAAGAGGGGGCUGUAGCUGAGGCGGCUUGGAGGCGGCGGCGGCGCUGGGGGGAGUUGAGCAUCGCGGCGGCGGCCGGUGGGGGUCUGGUCGGUCUGCUGUGUUAUCAGCUAUAUGGGGACCCCAGGGUCGAAUCCGUGUCCGCUCCGGGGCACCCAUCGGAGAGCCCGACAGGAGAGCCGGAGGACUCUCCUCCCAGCCGGGGACUGCUCCCCAUCCCCGUUGCUGCUGCCAAGGAGACGGUUGCUAUGGGAAGAACAAAUAUGGAAGACUUAGACCUCUGUGCAACAUCACGAGAGAGGCGAUUCCGUUUAUUUGCUUCUAUAGAAUGUGAUGGGCAAUUGUUUAUGACUCCAUAUGAUUUUAUUUUGGCUGUUACAACAGAUGAGCCCAAAUAUGGUAAAACAUGGAAGUCAUUUUCCAAACAGGAAUUAAAUCAAAUGCUUUCAGAAACACCACCAGUUUGGAAAGGAUCAUCAAAAUUAUUUAGAAAUCUUAAAGAAAGAGGUGUGAUUUCUUACACAGAAUAUCUUUUUCUUUUAUGUAUUUUAACAAAGCCACAUGCGGGUUUUAGAAUAGCUUUCAACAUGUUUGACACUGAUGGCAAUGAGAUGGUGGAUAAAAAGGAAUUUUUGGUGCUUCAAGAGAUAUUCAGGAAAAAGAAUGAAAAAAGAGAAACUAAAGGAGAUGAGGAAAAACGUGCAUUGCUGCGUCUUCAACUAUAUGGAUACCAUUCUUCUACUAAUAGUGUACUUAAAACAGAUGGAGAGGAGGUUGUCUCCAGAAGCUAUUGGGAUACACUGAGACGUAACACAAGUCAAGCACUCUUUUCAGACCUUGCAGAGCGUGCUGAUGACAUCACAUGUUUAGUAGCGGAUACUACAUUACUUGUGCACUUUUUUGGAAAGAAAGGAAAAGCUGAGCUCAACUUUGAAGAUUUUUAUAGAUUUAUGGAUAACCUCCAAACAGAAGUUCUAGAAAUAGAAUUUCUUUCAUACUCUAAUGGGAUGAAUACCAUCAGUGAAGAAGAUUUUGCUCAUAUUCUUUUGAGAUAUACAAAUGUGGAAAAUACAUCAGUAUUUUUAGAAAAUGUGCGUUACAGUAUACCUGAAGAGAAGGGCAUCACCUUUGAUGAAUUCAGGUCAUUUUUCCAGUUUCUGAAUAACCUAGAAGACUUUGCAAUUGCUCUGAAUAUGUAUAACUUUGCGAGUCGUUCUAUAGGGCAAGAUGAAUUUAAGCGUGCUGUCUAUGUAGCUACUGGCCUCAAACUUUCACCACAUUUAGUGAACACUGUCUUCAAGAUUUUCGAUGUUGACAAAGAUGAUCAAUUAAGUUACAAAGAAUUUAUUGGAAUUAUGAAAGACAGACUCCAUAGAGGAUUUCGGGGUUAUAAAACAAUUCAAAAGUAUCCCACAUUUAAAUCCUGUCUGAAGAAGGAACUUCAUAGCAGAUAA